AUGGGCGACUUUAAUACGGAAGCGUUCACCUUAUUGGGGGUAGCAAUUGUGAUUAUCGGCCUCAGAACCAGUGCAAGAUGGAUCAUGGUUGGUCCUAAAAAUUUCCAAGUUGAUGAUUAUCUGAUGUUGGUGGCAUGUGUGGUGUACGGAUUGGAAACUGGCGCUGCAUACAUCGUGGGCGCGUGGUUCAUGGGCCUUGCCAAUAAUGCGAUGACAGAUGAACAAAGAUCAACUUUAUCCUCUGAUUCAGAAGAAUAUCGCCUCCGCGUGGGGGGCUCCAAGGUACAGGUGGCCGGCUGGUCUUUAUAUACUCUUUUACUAUGGCUGCUCAAAACGUGUAUGGCCAUCUUCUAUUCUCGAUUGACGUGA